CAAUGCGGUGUCCAAGGACGCCGCAGAUGAAUGUUGUUGCAUGUUGUAUGCAAGGAAUCGUGUCGUAUCUAGUAUGUUCCUGAAGAUACAAUGGCAGCUUUAGAUGGCAAAGGAUUGCCUGCAGGUGUGGGGCCCUACAGGGUCCAGGAUGUCGAUCACAAUCGUUUGGUUCUUGGUUUGCGGCAAUUGCUUGCUAGUUUUGAGUCGGCUGUGAGAGCCAGUGCUAAUGCAGGACAUCUGCCAAUAGUGGAGGACAUGCUUGCUAAUCUAGAGGCAACAGACGAGCAUUUUCACAGCUAUGAAAUCGUGCGUACUGUCAGAUCAAAGAUAGACGAACAGUUGGGGCCACUGAUUGAAACUGAGCUCGAACGGCAAGUGUUUGAGGGAGAUGGCCAUGAUGUGGUGCCUCUGAUCACUGAACAACUGCUGACGUCUCCAGAGUAUGCUGAACUCGGAGAAAAUAUUGUGGAUGCAGUGAAAUCGGCGGCCAAUGUGUUGAUUCAAGAAUAUGCUGGUGUAUCAUCUAGUACAUCUGGUGUAACUGUUGGUAGUAAUUUUCGAGAGUCAUCACUUGCAGCACUAAAAGACAAUCGGUCAAGACAAACUGAACAACCAAGCUAUCUGUACACAUGUGAUGAUGAUUCUUCCGAUUCAUCUACAUUGAAUCAAACAGGGACUGGUUUUAUGUUUUUGUCUUCAAACAGUUUUCGAAGUAUUUCAGCCAAUCUCAGUUCAUCUCAACCAUCAAAAGUUAGACUGGAUGCAUUACAUACCUUGGGGCAUUAUGCUCCAGGUGACUUGCUGAAUUGUCAGUUCUGGCCUGAUCUAAAGAAGACUCUUCAAGAAACAUUAUCUGACCGUGAUCAGUCACUUUCUGGGCAAAGUUUGAGGCUUCACUCUAAGCUAUUUAAUGCUUCUAAUGGUUUCAGUGCCAAGGAAAUAUUUACAAACCUUGUUGCUCACUUGUCCAGUUUCUUUACGGGACCAUCUGGACUUCAUCUCAGAACAGGUGGAAGUCUUUGCACUUCUGACACAUCAAUGGAUCACGUAUUGACUGGGAUACAACUGCUCAAUGACUUGAUGCAUGAAAUGCCAGGGUACUGGGUUCGCUACGCUACUCGGUUCACAAAAGAAAUCGUGUCAUCCACAGUUACAUUUUUAUCAUUGGCACUUGAUGAUCGACAUAGAGUGAGUUCAUUCUUGCUGGUAGCUUUGAUUGAUCCAAAAGCAUUGUGGUUCAAGAAAUGGAUGCAUCCAAACUAUGGCAGAGCAGAUAUUGUUGAAUGUUUAAGAAAAGACAAGAAUCAACUGGUAGUGUUUGCAGUGACUGUGUGUAUGGAUUUCUUUCUCCACUCUCGUCUUCUGAAUGUUGGAAGAGAAGAAGAGAUGGAUCGGCUGAAGACGCCUGAGGUUGACGAUCCAUCUGCUGAGUAUGUGUACACAUCUUAUGAGAUCAACUAUGCAUGCUUUGUUAGCUCAAUCAGCUUGGUUGGACGCUUACUCAUCUAUGCUAGUGGUAGAGAACUUUUUCCUGUGCAGCUGCAUGACUGUCAGGUUACAAUUACUGAUUUUUUGGUGGCAAGUUUGAAGACAAUGUUUAGGUAUGAUUCCAGGAGAAGCAGCAUGGGAGUUGGUGGCAGUUAUGAUCCUGCAGUUCUGGUACAGCAUAUGCUCAAACGAAUAGCGUAUGGUCGAGGCAAAUGUAAAGAGCAUUUCCUAACUGAUGAGUUUAUUGAUGCUCUACUAUCUCCUCUUAAGCAGCGUUUGUCUGCUGCAGAUUCUGAGCAGGCACAAGAUGUGUGUGAUGAAACACUGGUGUGGAUCGGAGACAUAAUGGCUGUACUGGCAUCAUCACAGGCUGGUCGCAAGCUGCUUCUUUAUGGAGAGAAGAAUCCAAGAUGGACAAAGACUAGGUUUUCUGCUGUCCACACGUUAGCUCAAUUUGCUCAGCGUGCUUUAGAAGGCUCCCUUAGCAGUUCUCUACCGUCAGAACAAGCAGUCAGUUCUUUCGUCUUUGUUUGUCGUCAAUUGUACAACACAUGCGAGGGUCUAGUUGUUCUUUAUCCAUAUGAGCUUCACAUGCAUGUAGCUGUAGCAUGGAGAGAGGCUGUCUCAGCAGUUGCCACUCCUCUUCCUCCUCCAUCUCCUGGAUCAAGAUCUUCUAGUGCUGACAAUUUUAAAUGGGAAGACACACUAGUUGACAACCUUUUAAACUUUGCUGGCACUCCCAAGGGGCUGCUACUUCUCCAACAGACGGGGACACUGAGUCGCUGUGUGGACUACAUGUAUCAACGAUAUACAAAUAAAUUGCAGGUUAGCAAAUGUGAAAAGUUUGGUUAUGGGUUUAUGGUGACAAUGGUGGCAUCUACAGCUCCUGGAAUGGUUGCUUUGUAUGAAACAGGUUUCUUGUGUCUGUUGGUGCAUGACUUAUGGAUGGUAACAGAAGGGUCAGAUUUUGAUGAUCGUCUUGCUUCUGCUCGUCAUGAUCCAAUGGAUCCCAUCCACAGAGCAGGACACAAGGCAUUGGUAAAUCUUCUCAAUGUACUGUCGUCUUUCUCUGCAUUGUAUGAAGUCAUUCACCAACCACCUGUGUCGUUUAAUGCUCUUUCAAAUCCUCGUUCACUUGCACGUGAAGUGAUGGGGAGCAGUAUUACAGAUUCCAGCAGCUGGCCGUCAACUAUUUUUGACUUGAUUGAUAGGUUGGUAUUGGUAGAUUCAGAGCCAAAAUUCCAAUCUCUAUGGGAGUUUGAGCAGUCCCACCUGUUUGGUUUGAGAUUUCUCAGUGUUUUGACAACAUGUCUUGACUCUUUUCUACUUUUGGAGAGUUGCUACGAUAUCACUGAUGCUCUGUUGUCUUUGCAGGAACUUGAUACAACCAAAGAAGGGCGCAUCAUAAUUGAUAUGUGUUCAGUUGAGAGGAACCGCAUACUUAUUGCCUCAUAUCUGACUGGAGGACCUUCGGAGAGAAUUGUACCAAGUCGAGAUCUGGAGGACGGAGACAACCCUUAUCCUUGGCCAAUGUUUUCCAGCAUUCCAGUUCCGAGUGAGUAUAGACCAAAACCACAUCUCAUUCAACAUCAGCCACGACAGCAGCAACCAGAUGCAAUUUUGAAAUACCUUGAAGCAACAAAAGGCACUGAACGAGGCCCAGACUGGAUACAGGAAUGUCGUGAGAUCUUCUAUAAUUCAUUGAAGUCACAAUCAUUGUCAGAAAACACAUUUGCUGCAGUGCUAGAGCAAGUUGUAGAGGCUCAAGUCCAUAUUCCUGGUGAAGUUGUUCUUCCACUGAAUUCCCAAUCCGCAGAUGACAUAAUUAGUGAGCCAAUCAGUGCUAUCCAAAGACUUGGUGUUGAUAUUGUCAUACGUUAUGGUGAGUAUUUAAAAGUAUUGGAAGGGCCUACUGAUCACAAAGCAGGUUUACAACAGCUACUGCAACAAACUUGUCGCUUUCUCAAGAAGCAACGACAAGUUGUUGAAAGCUCUUGCUGCACAAUGAAAGGAGAAUAUGUUGGUCAUGAUUGGUUUGUUUCAUCACUGUUUCUCUUGUUUUCUGGAAAAUGUGAUCGUGUGUGGCACAUCCUAAUGAAUUUAUCUCAACUUUUGGUGUCUUGCUACCUUUGGAUUCCGCGUCUGCACUCAUCUAUUCACCUUCCAGCUAAUUUGGCAUCUAGUGGCAUUCAUCCAUUGUUUUCGUCAACGGCUCAUAAUGUAGAACUCCUCUUGCAGGCUGAGGUUCCUCUUGUUUAUUCGGCUUUUCGUCUCUCAGGAUUUACUCCUGCACAGAUGUCACAGCACUGGUUGUGCCAGUGCUUUUGGAACUACUUGGAUUGGCCAGAGAUUUGUACAUUUCUUUCUGUGUGUAUUGUAAUGGGAAUUGACUAUGAAGUUUACUUUUGUGUUGCCGUGUUUCGGCAUCUUGAGUGUGCUAUAUUGGAGGCUACCCAGCGGCACAAUCUCCUAUUGUUUCUGAAGGAAACACCAUUAACCAAUUUCAAAUGUGCAGAACACUUGGAAUACAUGAAAUCAUUGGAACAGAAAUAUCGAACUAUCGUUCUGACUGAUUUGAAAGAUAUAAGCAAACCCUAAAAAAUUUUGUUUAUUGAUCGUAACUGAAGAUGUAGUGGUUCAACUAAUACCAAUCAAUUCUAAUUUCCAUGA